AUGGAUUUGCCUGAACAUCUUUACAAUUGACUUCAAACACUUGGAAUUAUACCUUAUAGCGAUAACGCUGAAUCUGACCGUUAUUCCCUUCCUGAAGAAAUUGUAGAAAGCUUGGAGUCCGGAGACUGUGUAACACUUCUCGUUAAACACUUAAAUCAAAUAAAAGUAACUGCAACAUAGAAUAACUUUGAAAGGCUCACAACGCCUAUCCCUGAAUUAAAUACACUCAAGCCAGUAACAAACCUUUCAGCCAAACUCUACAACUGAAAUAUCAUUGUUCAAGCUCUGCAACUUUUAGGUGUUACUAUUGAUCCUGACACAAAAAGCUUAUAAUAAUUUGCCUUUUUUGCUUCAAACUUCAGUCAGAUAAUAAAAAAAAUAUUUUUUAAUAAUAAAAAAUGAAAGCAAAAAAAAUUAUUAUUAUAAUUGUUGCUGGAGACCGAGAAAUGAUCACUGAAGUCCUUGAACAAAUUUAUCAAGCCGCCAAGCCACAAGCUGAAAAUCCUCCUCCGCAGCCUACACAAGUAUAUAAAAAAGCUAUCACAACUUCAGAAGGAGGCGUAAUAAUUGACUCAAUUGACUCAAGUAAGCCAUUAUUUGAAGCUGACACUUGUUUGGAGUUUUUUAUUCUCUCAUUUUGUCACAAUUUUAAUAUCACUCCUAAGCAAGCAGCUGGACUACUUACCCAAGGCUAUAAAUACCUAGCUCAUAUUGUAGCAAAAGGGCUAAAAGGCGACUUUGAGCCUGUAAUUAUAUGACUUCAAGACAUAUAUUCAAAUACUGAAAGAUUGCAUGGACUUAUCCAAAACGAAAUUUCUGGAGGCUCAAUGAAUUUUGUGUUAUCUGCUUUUAAACCAGGGCUGAUUUCUAAAGAAAUGGAAGCCUCCCAAUGGACUUAUAGAGUAUAUUCCAAGCUAUGUUUAGAGCUCGCUGAAAAUGACUCUCUAAAAGAAGCCUGGAAUUGGUUCAUUAAUGGUACCUCCUGCAUUGAAUUGUGCCUUAAAAGCUUAAAAAGGCAUGGGAACGCAAUUUUUCCAAAUUUAGUUGAAUUUUUAUUGCAGAUUGGCCAGCAGAACUACGUGGAAUUAUUUACUUUGCACUUAAGAAAUGCAAUCCCAGACUCAAAAGAGUAUUUAAAUUUAAUGAAUGAUUUUUUACCUCUGCUUUCAGAAAGCCAAACUGCAUAUGAUGAUAUUGCAGAUUCUGGGGUUGUAGGAUAUUGGCUAGAACUCGGGAUGAGAGAAGCAGAGUCAGGGCAAAAUCACGACCCAGGGACAAGAAGCUGUGCAUUGUAUUUUUUAUUGCAUUUAUUAACAGAAUUUUUUCCUAAAAUAUCAAGUAAUGAAAUUCUAGUCAAUGCAGUGCUAUCAUUGUUAAACAGAACAUGCAGGGACGAAAGCAAGGCUCUUCAAAACAUGGCAGUCGGCAUGCUGUUUCUUUUACUUGAAUUUUUUGCUGGAGAAAAAAGUAAUUACGCCCCAAUUGUGUAUAGAACCCUCACGUUUUUGCUUGUAGAAAAUUACUCCCAUAACGAAAUGAGAGAAUAUUUAGAAUGCAAUUUCAGGAUGACUUAUAAAACAAUUGGGUCAAUACCAGUAGGAGUUUUAUUGGAGCCACUAGUCAAAAGACUCCAGCUGAGCGAGGUCCAUUUAGACGUUUUUGAUUUUGAUUUUCUAGUCGCACUCUCACAGCAUCCAAGUUUGACUGUAAAACAUGCAAUCCAGCUUAUUGAUAUUGUAGGGAAAACUUAUCUAAAUGACUUAAUACGAUCCCGAGCUUGUGGGGUGCCGUUUACCUACUUAGCUGACCGCUUUGUGGAAACUGAAGCUAUGCAGGACUAUUUAUAUAUGUUUUCUCGAUAUUCGUUAAAUUUGGUAUUAACAUGUGAACAGCAGAAUUAUCAAGUAAAACAAGGAAACCCAAAAAAUAAGCACUCAAUUUCUGAGGCACAAAUGGACGAGCUCAGGCAGCAGAGAAAUUUGAUUUUAGAUAUGAUAAGUUGAAUUGUUCAGCAAUGGCAAGAAAGCUUAAAUGAAAAGCUUAAAAAUCUUAUACUGCAGACAAAUUAUGCAUUUUUCCAAGUCCUUGGGUUGAACUGCAAAAGUAUUCUUGAAGUUUUAAGCCUUUUUGGAGAGCCUGAGCAGUUAGUUAAAUCUUUUGAACAGGAAAAUGCAGAACUGAUUGUCCCACAUGAAGAAGAAGGUGAAGACGAAGAUGCCAAAGGCUCUGAAAACUAUCAAAUUGUGCCUGUAGAAGAAGGAAACUCUGAAAAUCAAGGAAAUAAAGAAAAAAAGGGUCAGUUUCCAUGAGACAGGGCUUUUUCUGAUAUAGAAAAAGCAAAGAAAAAAAGGCUGGAAAAAGAACUUAAGGCUAAAGAAGAAGAGGAAAAAAAGCAAAAAGCGUUAGAACAGAAUAAGAAAAAACUACAAAAACAGCUUGAAAUAAGAAAAGUUGAGCAAGGGAGGCAUCGAGAUGCUAAUGAUAUUUCGAUGUAUGAAGAAGGAGUGGCGACUAAAUAUAUAGCGCCUCCAGAUGAAAUUACAUUAAAAGAAUUCAGCUCUGCUGAGUCAGAUGAGCAGGAAGCUAUAGAUUUACUAUUGAAAAAGUAUCGCCUGAGCCUCCUUUUGGCUCAAACUAUCUCGAAUCUCCUGAUGACAAUCUGGAGUUGCGCUUAUCAAAAUUUGUCGACGAAACCUCCCCGGAUGACAAAUCCACUCCUGGGGAUUUGUUUAAUGAGCAAAUGAUGGUAUAAUCAACUCCCCGAUUGAGUCGGUAAAUUUAAAAUAGCCCGAGCCAAAAGUAGACUAGGGCUAUAUUCUAGAGUAUUUAAAAUACUUUUCGUUAAAUAUUCUGGAACUGGGCAUGCAAGAAAAAAUGGAGCUGUUUCUUCCUUUGAUUAUUUAGCAGAUAGAAAAUCGAAAUUAACUGAAGCAGAAAUGAUUAAAGUUUUAAUUGAUCAUAGUGUCAUUCCAAAGUUGCUUAUACUAAUAUAUCUACUAUUAAAUUUCUAUUAAAUCAUAAGUAUCUUAAUUUUAUGCAUUAAUAUAUUAAAUUUAAUUUUAAUAUUUUUUUAUUUAUUUUUAAAUAUUUAUACAAAAGAAGAGCUAAAAACUAUCAUGAAAACUUAUCUUUUGAAAAUAGUCAAACAAAAUGACUUAUCAAACGUUGACUAUGAUGGAUUUAAAGGAUUAUUUUGCCAAAUCGCUUGGUUUAUCUAUUCAAGGAAUCCUCAUGAUUUUAGCCACUUGCCAGCAAUAAUCCCAAUUCAAACAUUGCUAGAUUUUAUGAGAGACGAUAUGAAAGAAAAAGGAUUUUCAACAGAAAUGUAUGAUGACCCUGAUCCUGGAACUGGCGAUAAAGAUGUUGUUAAAAAAUUAAAUAAGCUGCUUAGAUCAAACCCAGAUACACCUUUGCCUGAAGGCUACAAAAAAAUACAAGACAAAGAAAUAGACAUCGCAUAUGUGAUCCCAAGCAUGCUUAAACUGCCUGAAGCUAAAUUGAUUUCUUUAGAAAUAUUAGAUGGAGUUUUAGACAAAACUUUUGGAGUCCACAUAAUAGAACCUCUUGUAAAAUUCCGAACUUAUUAUCGUGCCAAAGGAAUCGCCCCAAAACCCCCAGAAGUAACCUUAUCAGCUCCUUCAGAAAAUAUAAAAUCCAAAGAUAAGCUGCCAACUAUCCAAGCUCAGCCUUCAAUAAUUCCAAAACAAGCCAAAUUAUCCCCUCUUUUGAAAUUCGAAAUAGCCAAAGCUCCACCCGGCCAAAAAGACACAUACGAACAAUGUGCAAUAGUCCUCGAAAACAUUUUACAUACCCUCCACAUGAAAUCCAGGAAAUUUUUAAAUAGGGUAGAAGUCACCCCUAAUAAACUUGAAGAGAAAUUCGAGCUGAAAAAAGAACGGGAAAAAGAAGCUGAAGAAAAAAAGAAACAAGAGAUGGAAAAGAAAAGAAAAAUGAGGCAACAAAUGCUGCUAGAAGAAAUCGCAAGAGCCAAAGCAGAAAGGCAGGAAAAACUGAAAAUUGAUGAAGAAAAAAGGAAAAUAGAGAAGGCAAAGGAAGAAGAAAAAAAGAGGAAAAAAAUGGAAAGGGAAAGAAAAGAAAGAGAAGAAAGGUUUAGUGUGGCUAAAGAAGUUGUAGAAGUAAAAAAAGAAAAAGAAGUUAAACUGCCUGAUCCAGAAGAAAUAAUAAAAAAACAAAAAGAAGAAGAAAAAAAUAGGAAAAAAUUUGAAGAAGCAAAGAGAAGGAAUGCAGAAAGAUUGCAACAAGCAAUUAAAGAGAAAGAAUCAAAAGGGAGAGAGAUAAAAAUGGCAGAUAUAACUAAAGAGCUGAAAGAGCAGCAGGAAAAAAUUAUAAAACAAAAAACAACAGCCAAGAUAUUAAAAAACGCAAAACAGAGCACAGAAAAAAGUAAUCAAACUAAGCAAGAAAUCAGUACUUUGUUGCAUGAUAAAGAUUAUAAUGAAAUAAUUGAUAGGUUUUCGCAGCAGAUUGACACAGUUUAUUCGUUUUACUGUAAACAAGGAUCAGCUAAAAUAGAACAAGAUGCUACGUCAAUGUUCAAUUCUAUGCCAAUUUGGGAAAUAAUAUAUAAAAAAUUUAUAAUAAUUAAAUAUUAUUAAUAAAUAAUAGCUAUUACUUCCUAAAGCCAGGCUAUUCAGUCUUUGUAAAUAGUCUAUGACUUUCCAAGUCUUCAAUAAAUUUUGUCUUCAAUUUAGAAUAUUCCCAGGCCUCGUCACCGGUGAUGAGCAUCAAAUAAUCUUCAAACAUUUGACUAAACAGAAAACAUUUCCACCUGGAAUCCCUCCAAUAAUUACAGUUGAUGAAUUUAAGCAAGCAUUAGCUCAUAUAGCUUCACACGCAAGGACUAAACUAAAUCAGCAAGCUGCUCAAGGUCCAAAUAUGCUUAGUGCGAAAACUUUUUUUUCAUUAAUAAAAUACCUUGAGCUUGAUAUACCAGUCAAAACUUUAAAAGCAAAACUAAAAAAGCUUGCGGAAGAAAAGCCAUCAAGAAUUAACUCAAUAAUGGGUUCUGCAGAAGCCACUGUAAUGGAAGAAAUCAAAGAGGCAGUUUUAGAACCAAUGAUUAAUUAUGAAAAAAUAUACAAUGAAGAUGAGAAUUUUUCCAAAAAAUUUUUUUAUAUUAAAUUUUUUUAAAAAAAAAAAUUAAAAAAUCCUUUUAAAGAUGAGAAAAAAGCGAAAAUUUUAGAAGAAGAAGAAGAAGAAGCAAUUCUCCAAAAAAUUUUUGAGUCUAAGAACUUAUCCCCAACCGAAGAAGGUGCUUUGCAAGAUAUAAGCUAUCCUGAAUAUAAUGAUUAA